AUGGAUGGACUAGAUCUUUCACCCUCCACGCCUGCUACUCGAGGCUACCAGCAGGAGAUGCUUGAAGAGAGUCUCCGCAAAAAUAUCAUUAUUGCCCUUGACACUGGGUCAGGCAAAACUCUUAUCGCCGUUCUCCGAUUGAAACAUGAGAUCCACCGUGAGCCAACCAAGGUUUGCUGGUUCUUUGCCCCAACGGUGGCGCUCUGCGAGCAGCAGAAAUCCGUCAUUCAAACUUAUCUCCCAGUAUCUGUCGGUCUGAUCUCAGGCUCACUUGAGCCAGACCAAUGGAGGAAUGCCGCUUUAUGGGAGAAGGUCAUCCGAACCCAUCGUGUGAUGGUUUCGACCCCGCAGGUUUUCCUUGACGCCCUCCGUCAUGGUUACUUAGUCCUUGGAAGGGACAUCUGCCUUUUAGUAUUCGAUGAAGCUCAUCAUGCUGUGGAUAACCAUCCAUAUAAUAGGAUCAUGCAAGAAUUCUACUUUGAUCUUCCUAUCCAAGGCUCCGAUUUCGUUCGGCCAGCUGUCUUGGGGCUGACUGCCAGUCCCAUCUAUGGAGGUAAUGUAGUCAAGGCAUUCCAGACCAUUGAGGCUAAUCUGGACAGCACCAUCCGUGCACCUCGCCGUCAUCGUGCUGAAUUGGCCCAGUUCGUUUACAAACCUAAGUUCAAGCACGUUCUUUAUCAGCCCCCCGACCCACUUUGCCUUCCGUUCUCGACGAAUUACGCGGCUCUAUGUUCAGUUAUCGAUACACUUGAGAUCGAGAAAGACCCCUACGUUGUCUCUUUGCGCAAACAAAUCAAAAAGACCAUUCCAGGCUCAGCGGAAUUCCAUCGGUUGGAUCAGAAAUUGUCAACGGUCAUCAGCAAACGAAAUUCUUUUACGCACAAGGGUCUCAAAGACUUCUCUAACGCUACAUCCAGCAUCUGCCAAGACAUAGGGCCGUGGGCUGCAGAUUGGUUUGUUGAGAAGGUGUUGGCGAAAGCAAAACUAGCCGCGAAUCCACACAACAAUUUCAUGUCCAGCUGGAAGAAUUCAGAGAAAGCCUAUCUCCUGGGCAUUCUCAACCAGAUUGUUGUUUCUCCUGUUUCGUACUAUCCUGACGAUAUAACAGAUGAUUCUUCCGACAAAGUUCGUGUUCUUGUUGAAUGUCUUCUGGCCGAGAAGGCAGAAGCAGAGGCACAUGAUGAAGCUUAUAGCGGGAUUAUCUUUGUCCAACGUCGAGAUGCAGUUCUAGCGCUAGCUGAGCUGCUCUCAAAUCAUCCUCAGACAAAGGACCAAUUUCGGGUGGGGCUACUUAUUGGGACGUCUGAAAGCUCAUACCGGCACGCUGUAAUGGACAUAACGCGCAAUCUCAUCCGAGAAUCGCAAGAGGAUACCAUCGCUGACUUCAAAAUAGGAGAGAAAAAUCUAAUUGUCUCUACCUCCGUUGCUGAAGAAGGCAUUGACAUUCAGGCUUGUGGAAGUGUCAUACGGUGGGACCCUCCGCCUAAUAUGGCCAGCUGGGCACAAAGUAGAGGCAGGGCACGUCGUCAAAGGAGUACUUUUACGGUGAUGUUCGAAGAUGGAAGUAAAAAUCAGAAGGACGUCGCUAAGUGGGAAAAUCUGGAACGACAAAUGGUGGCAUUGUACAACGACCCAACGCGAGAUCUAGAGUUCAUUUUGGACGAACAGGAUUCGGAUGAAAUGGAGGAGGAGGAAGACGACGACUGGGUAUUUCGACACCCAUCCACCGGUGCUCUGCUGACUCUCCACUCCGCCGUCUCUCACCUAUCCCACUUCUGUGCCGUCAUCCCAAAUUCAGCUCACGUUGAUAACCGCCCAUUAUAUGAUAUCGAUCCACCUGAUUUCAUAGAAGGCUGGCAUGCCUUGGAGCCCCAUGCGCGUGCAAUAAUUCCCUAUACCGGACCAUACGGGUCAAAGGUGACCCUUCCGCGGGCCCUGCCGCUCCCCACUCGCGAAUUUUUCGUGGAACGCAUGUACGACACCAAAAUAUCUGCGCAUCGUCAUGCAGCCUUUCGCGCUUAUUUCUCGCUGUACGAAGCAGGUUUGUUGAAUGACAAUUUACUUCCAAUAACUAGCAUUAUUGAGCCAGAGCUGGAGGAGGAGGUGAAAGCAAUGCUCGCAGACGUAGAGCGUCGCAGUGGGUUUGCCAAAGUCUCGAUUCAGAUGGAUCCUUGGAAAUCUGAAGAUGAAGUCCACCAAGGGUAUUUGUGGAUGUCGGAACUGGUUUUGGGGGCCUUGCCUCCAUUGUUACUGUUCACUCAGUCAGAGAUGGUGAACCUUGCGGGAGAAAACGCUCCCGUACUAUAUUACCCUGGGCGUGGGGCAAUCAAAGCGAGCCUUCGUCUUAUGCGCCGAAUGAAUGAAGAAGACGUCGUCCUUCUAGACAAAGCUCGUGAGUAUACCAGGAGACUCUUCUGGUGCUUGAACGGUGUCCGAAUGGAUUGGGAUCAACUCGAUUUUUCCUAUUUGUUCUUGCCUCUCGACGGGCAUGAAGAAGACACUUGGGAUAUUCGUCGGUCAUGGCUUUCAACCACUCGACCGCUUUUUGAUUCACAUGAACUGGAAUUUAUCGCCGACGGGGAGUCAUUUGGCAAACAAUUCUCGUUUCCUGAAGAUCUGGCUAUAGUUCGAAGGUAUCCCCAAUUUGGAAAGCCUUACAAGUUUGUGAGAUGGAGAUUUGACCCGCUUUCGCAAGACGAGGAACUUGAGCUAAGGGAAUUAUAUGGCGAGAAACUCUCAGAGUUGGAAGUGACUUAUCCACUCAUCGUUCUCCUUUCGCCAGUUGACGCCGAUUACGCCUUCCUCCUUCCGGCUCUCCUUCGCUCAAUUGGAAUGCUCACUACCACACACUCCUUACAAAAAGCAGUGUUCACACCAGCCUCUCCCAUUAGUUCUAUUCCGAUGCAACUCCUUAUGGUCGCAAUCACUGCCCCAUCAUCAAACGAAAGGAAGAAUUACCAGCGUCUAGAGACGCUUGGGGACACCGUCCUAAAGUUUGUAUGUGGAAUACAACUCCUUUCCGAGUAUCCGCUGUGGCAUGAGGGGUAUCUCACAAGAAAGAAGGAUCAUGCAGUGUCGAAUGUUCGCCUAGCCAAGGAAAACGUUGCUCGAGAACUCUAUCGAUGGAUUAUACGAGACAUGCUCCUGGGAAAGAAAUGGAAACCUCACUACCUCUCGAAGAAAGACGCAGAGACCACUCCAGAACCCGAUAAAAUGACCGUCGAAGAAGUUAACACCAAGAAGAAGAAGAAGAAAGGCAAGAGCCAAUCGUUAUCAACAAAAGUUUUGGCAGACGUCGUUGAAUCAAUCAUUGGCGCUGCGUACCUUCACGGUGGUUUCGAUUUGGGAUACGAAUGCAUCAAAUUCUUCGAUCUAGGUCUCAAAUGGCAACCACUCCCCACGCGUAUCGAACAGUUGCUAAGCCGGGCUCGAGAUUCAGAAGAAACGCCUUACCCUCAUCAACUAGUCGAUGUUGAAUCGAUGCUGGGAUACACCUUUAACCACAAACUUCUUCUAAUCGAAGCAUUAACCCACGCUAGUUAUCAACAAGACCAGUAUACAUCAUCAUCAUACGAACGAAUGGAAUUUUUGGGCGAUUCUAUUCUUGAUAUGAUAGUGACUGAUUAUCUUUAUCGUGCGCCAGGAAAGGAAUAUAGCCCAGGUCAUAUGCAUCUACGGAAAUCAGCGGUGGUCAACGCCCAUUUCCUCGCCUUUAUUUGCCUCCGGACCUGCUUGCACUUCGACGCUAGUAUGCCCCGCCCAUCGCCAGACUCCCAGGGAGACCAAGGCCCUGUUAAGAUUGAACUCGCUCCAGAUAGCCAGGAAAUCUACUUGUGGCAGUGUCUUCUUCACUCCAGCCCUCGAGUUCUGGAUGACCAGUCCAACACCUUUAUCCGAUUCCGAAAAUGCAAAGCAGUUAUUGAAAAAGCUCUGGAGAAAGGCAUUAUAUUCCCAUGGGCGGCUUUGACUCGCCUCCAGGCGCCCAAGUUCCUGAGUGACAUGGUGGAGAGUCUCAUUGGAGCGAUCUUUCUUGACUCAAACGGGGACAUGGAUUGCGUCAAAGGGGUCCUUCGCAAGACGGGUAUCAUACAGAUCCUUGAGAGGAUAGUCCGCGACGAUGUCGACAUCUUGCACCCCGUAUCGCGAUUGUCAGACUGGGCUUCAAAGAACGACAAAGAAAUCGAAUACAAAUUCGAGAAGAGUAAGGGUAAUGUUUCGUGCAUUAUCCUCGUGAAUGGAAAGGAGGAAAUUCGUGAAACAGCAGUGUAUCGAGGAACUGCAAGCCAAGACGAGGUCAAAUUCGCCGCAGCGGAGAAGGCGAUUCUCACCUUCAAGCUUCGUGACGGUAAUACCAAAUAUGUGCCGAAGAAGAAACCAAAGAAGAAAAAGAAGAAAGUGCAGGCUUUGUGA